AUGACAAAUCAUCCGUAUGCACCAUGUGACAUUUGGAAUAUGGACGAGACCAACUUUUUUACCGUACCGACGAAAAUUGGGAAGGUUAUAGCGUUUCGAGGAUCCAGACAAGUGGGGCAAAUCGCGUCACAAGAACGCGGAACCUCGAUCACAAUGGCGUUGGCCGUCAACGCAGAAGGAGGGUCAAUACCACCAUUUUUUUUAUUCCGACGAAAAAAUAUGCAGUCUUGCUUUAUGGAAGAUGCGUCUCGUGGUGCUGUUGGGCACGCGAACGAAUCAGGGUGGAUGCAGCAGCCAGAAUUUGUCAAAUUUAUGGAACAUUUCAUUAAACGAAAUAAAUCAUCUUUGGAGUCGCCAACUUUGCUGUUGCUGGAUUACCACUCUUCCCAUUUAUCUGUUGAGGCAUUAGAAAUGGCGAACAAUAAUGGAGUAACUCUGCUUUCUUUCGCGCCACACUGCAGUCAUAAAUUACAGCUAUUGGAUGUGUCAGUGUAUGGGCCCGUCAAUACAUACUAUAAUUCACAAUGA